AUGGCAUACUGUAUUCUCCUUUUAGGAGAGAAGUUCAAAUUAAUCAUUCUCGACGCUUGUGGUGACGUCCAAACCCAAACGAGAAUAUGUCCAGCCAACGAUUUCAUGAAAUCAGGUGUCAUAAAGGACAUUGCAAGGGUUCUCGAGGAUAAUGGUGUGCUCACGGUGAAUAUUAUCAGCUCGAGAGAUUUCGCAGCAAAUGAAGAGGACGUACUCGCGGCUUACGAAGAGCACUUCAAAACAUGUUUUCUUUUACGGUACAGUGAAGUGCAAAGGUUGCUCGUGUGUACUCAGAGAGAAGGAUGGAAUUUUGAUAAGCAAAAGAAGCGAUUCAUGAAAAAUUUCCGGAACGUCGACGAUCGCUUCGAUUUCGGACUCGCUGACAUCAUUUAUAGAGAGAAUUAG